UUCACGAUCGAUGGUUCCGCGCAACAACAUUGGUUAGAAAACGCGAGUAAUUCAAAAGAUGGUUGAAAAGGAGUGUUUAAUUUGGCCAACGUGCGCCAUUGUUGUUGCUAUAAAGACAUGCCUGCAGACCUGUGUUCAGUGAAGUGCAGAUCAGCAGAAGAGUAUCCGAUACAGAGCACCACGCAUAUGGAGACGAUCGCCGGCGACGCCCAUGGCUACGGCUGGGCCGGGCUGUGGUCGGCGGUGGCCAGCCUCAUCUUCCUCUGGUCCAUGGUGCAGCAGUAUGUCCCCGCCCAGCUCGAGGAGUACCUCACCACCCUCUCCCGCCGUUUACACGCCGCCGUGUCCCCCUACGUCACAAUCACCAUCGACGAGCAGGUCCCUGACUCCUUCGGCCGCAGCGAGGCCUACCUCGCUGCCGAGGCCUACCUCAGCGCCACCUGCGCGUCCAGCGCCCGCCGCCUCCGCGCCGACCUCGCCGCCGGUAGCGAUCGCAUGAGCGUCGCCGUCGACGACCACGAGGAGGUCAUCGACGAGUUCCGCGGCGCCAAGCUCUGGUGGCGCAAGACCAAGACGCUGCCCCGCACCAACGUCAUCAGCUGGUCCGCGUACGAGGCGGAGCGCCGCACGUACUGCCUCACCUUCCACAACCGCCACCGCGGCCUCGUCGAUGCUCUCUACCUGCCGCACGUCCUCGCUGAGGGCCGCGCCGCCACCGUCAGGAACCGCCAGCGCCGCCUCUUCACCAACAACCCCAGCAGCGACUGGUCGGGCUGGGACGGCCGCGUCUGGAGCCACGUCAAGCUCGAGCACCCCUCCACCUUCGCCACGCUCGGCAUGCACCCCGCCAAGAAGCAGGACAUAAUCGACGACCUCGACAUGUUCCGCGACGGCAAGGACUACUACGCCUCCGUCGGCAAGGCCUGGAAACGCGGCUACCUGCUCUUCGGCCCACCCGGCACCGGCAAGUCCACCAUGAUCGCCGCCAUGGCCAACUAUCUCGACUACGAUGUCUACGACCUCGAGCUCACCGCGGUCAAGAACAACACCGAGCUACGUAGGCUCUUCAUAGAGACGACCGGCAAGUCCAUCAUCGUCAUCGAGGACAUCGACUGCUCCAUCGAUCUCACCGGCAAACGCAAAACUAAGAAGAAAAAGAAAGACAAGAGCAGCAAGAAAAAGAAGAAGAUGGCCCCGCCGGUCGCCAAGGAUGAAGAGAACAAGGUGACGCUGUCAGGGUUGCUCAACUUCAUCGAUGGGCUGUGGUCGGCGUGCGGCGGCGAGCGGAUCAUCGUGUUCACAACAAACCACAAGGACAAGCUAGACCCGGCGCUCAUCCGACGGGGCAGGAUGGACUCGCAUAUCGAGAUGUCCUACUGUUGCUUUGAGUCCUUCAGGGUGCUCGCUAAGAACUACCUGCAUAUCGCCGACCACGAGCUUUUCCAUGAAAUCCAACAACUUCUCGGGGAGGUGGACAUGUCGCCUGCCGACGUGGCCGAGAACCUCAUGCCCAAGUCGAAAGCCAAAGAUGUGGACGCCAGCCUGGGUAAGUUGAUCAGGGCACUCAAAGAAGCAAAGGAAGAAGCAUUGGCCAAAGCAUCCAUUGGAGCGGAGAAUGAAGAGGAAGCCGAAGAGGAUGACGAAGAAGAUGACACCAGCUCCUCCAGUGAAGAGGAGAAAAAUGGAAAGAAUAAAAAUAAUUAG